AUGGCAGAGCACCUGAGGGGAGCGACUCAACGUCGAGACUUCCAAGAGCCCCUGCCUCCGUUGGACCAGCUCGAGAAGCUCUUCACCAACUACGAGGCAGACAUCCCUUUGGAUGACUUCCUCCACAAGAUCUGCGCGACCCGCCCGGAGACAACGCCAGUGGCGAAAUUUCCGCUUGUGAUCGACUCGAAAAACUUCUUUCAAGGGGUUGCAAUACCCAAGAUCAUGGAUUUAUUCCUUCGCGACAACGGCAACGAAUUGGUGGAGAAAUUGAUAAAGAAGCGUGUAUUUGGAACGCUUCAAAAGCGUUUCCAAGGUGGACUAAGUCUCCUCGUUCGCACGUCGGCGGACCAGGUAGCUCUUGUCGGGCAGCAAGUGAGCAUCAUGGGCACGAAAUUCCGUUUCACGAUGGAUUCCCCGCUUGCUCGCUGCUACUACCUGGAUGUGGCUGGUGUUAGCUCUCAGGAAGAAGCUAGCGCGAUACUACGCGCACUGGCUUUGAAGGGAGCUAAACCCGUCUACUUUCGACCGUGCGCCCUUGACAAAGCAUCGGGUCUGCUCAGCAACCUGGAGAUACUACUUUCCCGCGGAGGACGUACCGGAAUAUCUCGUUCGAGGUGGAGCAGUUCGAGCUCGUGUCUCCGUUGGUCAAAAAUCAUACCGAUGAUCUGGAAAGAAAGGCAUAGUAAGCGAUCUGCCCUUCUGCAGCUACCGUCCGCACCUUGUCCGAGUCCGCGGCUCUGCAGCGCCGGGGUCCUCGGCGGCUAG